UUCCAUUCUCAAGAACAAGAUGCUGUCGAUUUAGUCACGGUUCAAUUCAUUUUUUGGACUUACUUAGAAACUUGCCCUGCACUUUCUUAAUUUAGUUCUUUUCUGGAACUUCACUGUCACACUUGUUUCCAUGAACAUUCUUGAAUACUAGUGUUCCAUUUUUAUUUUAUUUUUUUAAUUAUAUAUAUGUAAGAGUAACCCUUCAUUGAGAAUUCCUUUGGUUUCUAAAUAUGCUUUUUCUUGUUGAUCAUUAAUUAAUUUCUAAACCUGAAAAUGAAUUCAUAUAAUUUCUAUGUGCUGCUUUAUUUUGUGGCAUUAGCCUUUGCUUCAGUAAAUUUAAUUACUACAAAAGGGGAUGAGAGUAGUGUUUUAGGUGUCAUUUUGGAUUGCAACAGCCGCGUCGGUAAAGAAGAAAUCGUCGCAAUUGAAAUCGCAAUCGAAGAGCUAAACAACCAGCAAAACCGGAACCUGAUUCUCCGCGUCAAAUGCUCUCGCGGCGAAUCAGUUCUCGCAGCUCAAGCCGCCAGGCAUCUAAUCAGCAAGAGCCACGUGGCAGCCAUACUCGGACCAAAUUCAUGGGAGGAAUCAUCCGCAGUCGCCGAGGUUGUGGCUGCCACCGCCCACCAAUCCGACAUUCCGAUUCUCUCCUUCUCCGAUUCAGCUCCGCCGUGGGCCACCGACCGGUGGCCCUUCUUCGUCCAGGCGGCCCCCGCCACUUCCAACCAGAUGAAGGCGGUGGCCGCCAUAAUCCAGAGCUGGAACUGGCGCCGCGUCAACAUCAUUUACGAGGAAACCGACUCAUCGUCGUCCGGAAACAUCCUCAACCACCUCUACGCUCCCUUCCGGGACGCCGGAGUCCAAAUCGACGCCCUGUCCCCGCUCCCGUUUUUCGCCACGUCAGCAGCGCUGUCAGACGAGCUGGAUAAGCUGAGGCGGGCCCAAUGCCGGGUGUUUGUGGUCCACACCGGCGUAGCCCUGGCGGAACGUAUAUUCGCCAGGGCCCACCAAAUGGGGAUGAUGGAGAAGGACUACGUGUGGAUCGCCACCGACUCCAUCACGAGCCUCGUCCACUCCAUGAGCCCGCCCGCCAUCUCGUCGAUGCAGGGCGUCGUCGGAGUGAGACGCCACUUCCGCGACUCCGGCGAUAAAUUCCGCGAAUUUCGAACGAAAUUCGUGGAAAAAUUUAGCAAAAGAUACCCCGGGGCCGAGAAAAAUCACGGCCCCGGGAUUUUCGCCCUGCAAGCAUACGAUGCCGCAAGGUCAAUUGGAUUGACAAUCAACGGCACCAAAAAAAUCGAUGAGAUCGAUUUUGAUGGACUAAGUGGGAAAAUCGAGUACAAAAACAGAAAAUUAUCCCCUGUAGUUCAGUUCCAGAUAAUCAACAUCAUCGGAAGAAGUUAUCAAGAGCUCGGGUUCUGGUCCGAUGGUUCGGGCUUCUCUACGGUUCUCGACAAUACGGUAAAAUCGAACAAUUCCUCCAUGGAAAUCUUGGGGCACGUGGUUUGGCCCGGCGGGCCGUGGUCGACUCCGAGAGGGUGGGUUCUUCCAACCGUUUCGAAUCCUCUGCGAAUCGGCGUCCCCAACGUUUCCCUCACAAGCAAAUUCGUCAAAGUCGAGUACAACGCGGCGACAAAAAAUUACUCCUUCUCCGGAUUUUCAAUAGAAGUGUUCAACAAAACUGUACAGAACUUGAACUAUUCACUACCGUACGAGUUCAUACCUUAUAACGGAAGCUACACCGAUUUGGUGAAGCAAGUUCGGUUGAAGGAGUUCGAUGCAGCCGUGGGAGACAUUGCAAUAAUAUCGGGAAGAUACGACUAA